AUGUCCGCACAUCUCGAAUUUGUAGAAAAGAACGUGGCGUAUGCAGAGAGUUUUGACAAAGGACACCUGCCUGUUCCUCCAGCUAAGAAGUUGCUUAUCGUUACUUGUAUGGAUGCGCGGAUUGAUUGCUACAAAUCGCUGGGACUAGAGUUGGGCGAAGCCCAUAUCGUUCGUAAUGCUGGAGGCAGCGCUCGAGAUGCCUUUCGAAGCAUUCUCAUCUCUCAACGUCUCCUCGGGACCCGCGAAAUUGCUGUCUUUCACCACACGAACUGUGGCAUGCAAUCCUUCACCGCUCCCCAGCUUCGCAGUCUUGUGAAGUCCGACGCCCUAUCGAGGCCUGAUAACGAGAAGGAGGAAAUCGAGAAAACGGUAGAUGGUAUGACAUUUUAUGAGUUUAGUGACCUCGAGGGAAGUGUGCGAGAAGAUGUGAAAUACUUGAAGGAAAAUUUAUUGGUGCUCGAGGAAGCAAAGAUUACUGGCUGGAUUUACGAUACUGCCAAUGGAAAGGUGCGUUCAUAUGCUUUCUGGUUAUCCCGACUACAUCUAAAGAUGUUUUCCACAUGGCAGGUAAAGCAGGUGGUUUAG